AGAAAAUAGACAACACUAUAAGUAAAAAGACAACACUAAAAGUAGAUGAAAAUUGUUCUUCUCCCUUUCAAAAUUGCUUAUUCCCUUGACCCAACAGCAGUUAACUCACGAUAUUUUUCAGCGGUAUCUCACACUGACACUUUUUAGAUCGGUUCAAUCACUUUUUAAGUCGGGUCAACUGAUCUUAAAAGUGACAACGUGAGCUAAAAUAAAUGUUUUUAAUCAUUGCAAAUAUUAUAUAUAUUUUUUAUGCUUUUGGAACUUGUUGUUUCUCUUGGCUCCUAUAAUAUUCCUUUAAGUUGGAUUUUUUACUUUUUUUAAUAAUUUUACAUAAUGUGAAAAAUUGAUUUUGGUCCCUCCACUUAGUACAUAAACUAAGAUGAAUAUUUUAUGGAUUAGUUUGAAGCUGAACAAAAUUUUAGAAGAAUUGUAAACAUGAGGGUACACUGUACAAGUAACUCCGCAAAAGAGUGGGAGCCUUACACCAAAUACCUGUUUUUCCUUUUCCCUCCUAAUUUUAGCCAAAAAAACUACUUGCCAACCAACCAACCAUGUUUCUUUUGUUUUGUUUUGUUUCAUUCAAUGUAAUGUUGUUGUAUUAAACUUGUCGUUGUUGUAUUCAUUGUGUUGGAUCAUCAAUACACAAAUCAAAACGCGCACUUCCAUAAUUGAUUUGUGCUGCGUUUUGGCAUCAUUGAGGAAGAAGAUGCAUAUCAACCACAACCUCUCGUGGUUGUGGAUUAUUGUUUUGAUCUCAACCGCCUCAGUACAAUGCAAAACCUCCUCCCAAGAUGUUUCAGCCCUUAAUGUAAUGUACACCAGCUUGAAUUCUCCUUCUCAACUCUCUGGCUGGAAAUCAAGCGGAGGUGAUCCUUGUGGUGAAAAUUGGGAAGGAAUCAAAUGCUCUGGCUCAUCUGUCACAGAAAUAAAUUUAUCUGAUCUGGGACUUAGUGGAUCGUUGGGCUACCAGUUAUCACAGUUAACAUCUGUUACCGACUUUGAUUUGAGCAACAACAAUUUCAAGGGUGACAUACCGUAUCAACUCCCUCCAAAUGCUCGUAACGUAGAUCUUUCUAAGAAUGCGUUCACUGGAAACAUACCUUACUCCAUUGGUCAGAUGAAAGAACUAACUUCUCUAAAUCUUGCACAUAAUAAGCUCAAUAAUCAGCUGGGGGAUAUGUUUACGACCCUCACUAAACUCAAACAAUUGGAUGUAUCAUUCAAUUCACUGUCAGGAGAACUGCCUCAGAGUUUGAAAUCAGCAACGAGCCUCAAGAAGAUAUAUCUGCAAAACAAUCAAUUAUCUGGUUCAAUAAAUGUCCUUGCCUACCCUCCACUUGACGAUGUGAAUGUUGAGAACAACAAAUUUACUGGUUGGAUUCCUGAGGAGUUAAAGGAUAUAAAUAGUUUGCAAACUGGAGGAAACUCUUGGAAAACUGGGCCAGCACCACCUCCUCCUCCCGGUACACCUCCUAUCAAGCAUCAUUCCGAGGAAAAGGAAGGAAAAUCAUCAAAUUCUCUUGUUACUGGAUUGAUUAUAGCUGGCAUUGCCUUUGGUGCGCUGGUCGUCAUCAUACUCAUUGCUGCUCUUUUUAAAAGAAAGUCAUCAUAUGCUUCUUCACGUUUUAUUGAUGAAGAGAGGCGUAGCCAGCACAGAUCCUUUACACCCCUUGCAUCUCAGGAGUUGACUAAAGAUUUAGGUGGUAAUGACACAGAAUACAAAGGAUUUAAGGCAAUGGAUUCGACUUCAAUUGACAUAAUGGCUUUACAAAAAAAUCCAUCAGUUAGUGUUAGGUCAUCAGUCUCUGAUUGUGUCCAAAACUUUAAUGACAAUGAGUUUGCAAAUCGUCUAAAUUCUAGAAAAAGCGCAUCAAUCCGCUGUACUGCUUUUUCAUUGGGGGAGUUGCAAACUGGUACUGCUAACUUUGCUUCAGGCCGACUUCUUGGUGAAGGAUCCAUUGGACCUGUUUAUCGUGCCAAAUAUGCUGAUGGAAAGGUACUGGCUGUAAAAAAAUUAAACCCUUCACUUAUUGAUGAGGGUUCUCCUGAGGAAUUCACUCAGAUUCUAUCAAACAUGUGCAAACUUCGUCAUCCAAAUAUUGCGGAGCUUGUUGGCUAUUGUUCAGAACAGGGGCACAUGUUAGUAUAUGAGUAUUUCAGAAAUGGUUCUCUCCACGACUUUUUACACUUAUCAGAUGACUUCAGCAAACCACUAACUUGGAACACCAGAGUCAGAAUCGCAUUGGGCACUGCUCGGGCUGUUGAGUACCUACAUGAAGCUUGUUCUCCGCCAUUACUUCACAAGAAUAUCAAAUCCGCCAAUAUUUUGCUUGACACAGAUUUGAAUCCCCGUCUCUCAGACUAUGGUUUGGCAUCCUUCCACCAGCGUACUAGCCAAAAUCUUGGGGCAGGAUAUAAUGCACCAGAAUGCACAAAACCAUCAGCCUAUACCCUGAAGAGCGAUGUAUACAGUUUUGGGGUAGUGAUGCUCGAACUUUUUACAGGUCGAAUGCCUUUAGACAGUUCAAAGCCAAAAUCAGAGCAAAGCCUCGUUCGUUGGGCUACGCCACAGCUUCGUGACAUAAACGCUGUGGAAAAGAUGGUAGACCCUGCAUUGCGGGGACUUUACCCUCCUAAAUCACUCUUUCGAUUUGCUGACAUCGUCGCCCUUUGUGUUCAGUCUGAGCCCGAAUUUCGGCCAUCUGCAUCAGAGGUGGUUCAGGCAUUGGUGCGAUUAGUUCAACGUUCAAGUUUGAAAAUGAGAGAGGAUCUUGGUGCAAUUGGUCGGACAGAUGAUUAUGAUGAUUGAGUUGAAUGAAGCGAAAUGAAAACAUCUUUGCCAUCCACCAAAGUAGAAUUUUCAGUUAUUUUCCAUUAUUUGAUUCAAUGUUUUUUAUUCUAUUCUUUCAAAGUAGUCAUAGGUUGUCCGAGAGAUGUUUGUGCAAGAUCAUUAAGACUUUUUUGGGGGGGACACUAGGUAGAUAAUUGUUGAGGUUUGUGAAAAUGAAAAAAACUACUGUACAGUGUACACCAAAAAAAGUUCAAUUUUAUGUGACACUGAGACUAUGUCAGCAAGAAGAUUGUUAAUAAAGUAUAAGCAACCAUUUUGACACAAGAAAACAAACAUCCACUCAGCAAAAUAUGU